AUGGGAAGAUUGGCCAGGAAAGGCGCCGGCACGGCGAAGCUCCGCACCCUGAGCAUCCUCCUGAGCCUCCUGGUCCCCGCUCACCCCGCCAGGUCACCCGACUGCGGCGGCAUCCUCACCCCCUCAGGCCUGAGCUACCUUGCUGAAGUUUCCAAGGCGCACGCGGAGGCAGUUCUCAGGCAGGACCUCGUGGCCUCGACAGCCCCAGACCUGAUUCUCGGCUCCCCAAAGUCCAGCAGGGACCGAGUUACCUCCGUGACGGUGGCCGCGCUGUCUCUGUCCCUCGUCCCUGACGCUGGGCUGCGCCUGAGCAUCGAUGUGGACCUCGGCGUCACCCCCGCCCCCUCCGCCACCAAGGUGAUGAGACUUUCCAUCCUGGCCGACUUCCACGUGGAAAUGAACCCCGAGGGGAACCUGGAGCUGGUGACCUCUGCCUGCAAACCCACCGUGGAGGAGAUGCAGAGCACGGAGGAGACGGAAAGCAAGUCCUCUAGUUCAGAAACGGACAAGGAGCUUAACGUCGAUAAGAUCUGCCUGGAGGUCUCCAAACUGCUGCUUUCCCCAAAUGAACAGCUGAUGUCUCUGACGGCUCCCUUCCCCGUCACGGCAAGCUGCCAGGUCCAGUACAUGCCCCUGGCUGCACCCAUGUUCUCCGAGCAGGGAAUCACCAUCUCCUUGCAAACGACCUUCCAGGUGGCAGGGAUGGCAAUCCCCCUGCCCAUCAGCCCUGUGCCCUUCAGCAUGCCCGAGCCGGUGAGCUCCAGCCCUUCCCACCUCACCUUGGCUUUCUCCGAGCACUUCUACACCAGCCUCUUCUUCGCCCUGGAAAUAGCCGGAGACUUCAACAUGACCAUCCCGAGCCCGCUGACCACCGCCACCCUGGCACAGAAGAUCACUCAGAUGGGCUCCCUCUUCCAGGAGGAGCAGCCGGUGGUGCUGCAGGCCGUGUUCAGGAGCUCGCCCCGCGUGGUGCUGGAGGAAGGCAAAGCAGCCCUGAAGCUCUUCCUCACCGUCCACAUCGGGACUGGAGCACCGGCUUUCCAGAGCUUCCUGAGCGUGAACGUGGACAUGUCUGCAGGCCUCGUCCUCAGCGUCGCCAGCACCAGGAUGAUGAUCUCUGCAGCGGUGACAGAAAAUGCUGAAGAAAGCGUCUGUAUCAGCGACCUUGGCCCCCACGCGAUAAACAGCGAGAUGGAGGCCAGGCCCCGGGGGGAAAAGCCGCUUCCAGACGUACAAGACAACUUUUCUGCUUUUCUGCGAUCCCAGGCCCGUGCAGCCCCCGCCCGGCUCUGCGGGACAGGGAGCGCCCCAGUUACACUUUCUCAAGUCAAACAGAUCCCCCGGACAGUGACAGAUCACAGAUGA